CAGGAACUAAUCAAACGGUGCUGCUGUUUUUUAUGCUUAUCUGUCAAAAUUGCUUUUUAAAAGAGAUAAAGUUUGGAUUAUCCGCUACUCGGACUCUUUUUGUUGAUCAAACUGAGUUUCCUUGAUGGCUGAAGGUGGACCGGCGUUAGGCUGGCAAGAUGAUAAGACACUGUCGGAGGCGUGCCGGUACAUGCUGACCAGUCGUUUUGCAGCAGAUGUUGAGUUCAGUGUCGGCAACCAACAAGAAAUUGUCAAGGCUCACAAGUUUAUUUUAGUAUGUAGGAGUUCUGUAUUUCAGGCAAUGUUUACAAAUGACUUUGCCGAUAACAGAGAAACAAUUAAAAUACCUGAUAUAGAACUUGAAAUAUUUGAAAAACUUCUCACAUUCCUGUAUACAGAUGAAACGGAAAUUACGGGAGAUAAUGUACUGCCAUUAUUGUACGCUGCUAAAAAGUACAGUGUUAAUAAAUUAGUCCGUAAAUGUCUUGAAUUUCUGGACAAGGGUCGCUCACCUGAAAAUAUAUGUGAUAUUCUAGAACAAGCUCAUUUCUACAACGAAAACGACUUUCGGGAGAAGUCAGUCCGGUAUAUUUUAGACAAUGCCAAAUCUGUUCUUGGGGAUUCCACUUUUCUGGAACUUUGCCAGGACUGUGUAAAGAUGAUAAUAACGUACGAUGAAUUACAAGCAGACGAACGUACAGUGUUAGAGGCUGUCACGUCGUGGGGUGAACAUCAAUGUCAAAAACAAAAUUUAGAGAAAAAUCAUGUAAACUUGAGAAGUGUUCUAGGCGAUAUUCUUUAUCUUGUACGCUUUCCAUUGUUAGGAGAGACAUAUUUUACUAACGUUGUGUCAGAGACAGCAUUGCUAAAUGAUGCUGAAAAAGUUGAACUAUUUAAAUAUUUCUACAAACCAGGCUACAAAACUGAAACAUUUAUUAGUAGAAAUAGAUACGCUACAAAUGAUACGCCAAAAUAUACCGCCACGCCAACAAAAAAGACGGAGUACCGCAAUAUUCAAACAUGUCUGCGGUUUAACCGCGUUUGUGAAGACGGUUCCUGGUAUUGUGGCGGGGAACCAGAUGCUAUUACGUUUACGACCAAUCAGAAUCUCUGGAUUCAUGGCGUGUUGGUUUAUGGCACGUACAUUGGCGAAGGCAAUUAUGACGUCACUUGCUCUAUAAAUGAUUCUUCAGAGACUGAAAUGAUUCAAGUACGAAAACAAAUCAAGACUGUAGAGCACCAGUUAACAUACGAAGUUUUAUUUGAGGAGGAAAUACAAAUACAACGAGAUAAAAGAUAUUCUGUGCUAGUGAAACUAACAAACCCUUACGGGAUUGACACAUAUCAAGGUUUAGACGGUAGUGCGUCUGUUACAGUUGGUAAUGUUAAAUUCAAUUUUUCAAAAUCCAAGAAUAGUCGUAACGGAACUGAUGUUAAAAUUGGUCAAAUUCCUGGACUGUUGUUUUCUACUUUAGAAUAAAGCAUAACGAUCAAUAAUAAAAAUGUCACCUAUACCCUA